CUAUACAUUUGCAAUGGCUCCCUUAAUGCAUUUCUUUACCACUCUUCUCUUUCUCCUAAUUCCACUUGAGGCCACCACCAACUAUCAACAUGGACUCAAAUCACUCCACUUUGCACUCUACCAACAUGAAACCAUAAACAAAACCGGUUUCAUCGUUGUACCCGGAGUAGCUGGGCCACCGGUUAGCCAAACCACGACUCCGUUUGGGACCUUGUUUGUCUUUCAAGAUCCCUUAACUCUUAAAUCAAAUCCUACUUCAAAACUUGCUGGAACAGCUGAAGGAACCUCGAUCACUUCUGGACUAGACGGGCUUCAAAGCCUCUCUAUUGCUAAAGUCACUUUGAAUGUGAAAAAACACAAAGGCUCAAUCUCGCUUGUUGGUGUCACAAAUAACAUUAAGCCUUCAAAUCAUCCUGUUGUAGGUGGCACCGGUGAUUUUCUAUUUGUUCAAGGUUAUGUGACGUCGUCUCCAGUUAAUCUCGUUGGGUUAACUGUUACUUACAAGAUUGAGUUUCAUCUUUAUUGGCCUCCUUAUGCAUCUCCUAAACUGUAAACAUUAGUCAAGAACACAUUCUUGAUUACCUUAUUAUGUUAUGCUUGUUGUUUAGUUAUGUUUUUUAUUUAAUGUUUCAUUUUCUAUGGUUAGAACUAAGGUGAACAAUUUAUAUUAUUUUCGCC